CCUGGCCGGUGCUUUAGAGCACAAAACACCCUGCUGGUUCAAACGUGCAUUUGAGUGCCUAGCAACAAAAGAGACAUCUCUUUGUGAGUGUCUUUUGUUGUUUAAAAAAGUGCAGGUGACUUGGUGCCUGAGGGUGCUCAGGAAUUGAUGGUUAUUAAAAGUGAGUUACAGAUUGUGUUCUGAAAGUAAACCAUGCAAAUUUCAAAUACUUAACGUGUUACAACCAGUUUUUCUAGACAAUCCCUAUAGCUUCUGUCAAGUCUCUCAGACAAGCUCCAACUGUGAUGAAGUAGAGUUCAGUUGUUCAUUGAACAAUUAAAACUGUGGGCUGUGAACUAGGCUUGCACAGGCCUUAGUAAGAAAUAUUUUUAUGAUACGGUAUUCCAAAUUGUGUUUUACAUUUUUCAGAAAGAAGUCGAUAUAGUUUGUUGUAAUUGUAGGUUUUGCUAGCUGCUUCUUCCAAUUUCAUUGUUUCUUUGGCUCUAGAUAAAGGACAGCAGUUUUAGAGCUUUAAAUUUUAAGGUCGCAGAAGAGCCAAGGAGAUAAGUCUUACUUUAAGGCGCUUAAAUGUUGAAGAUCUCAGUGUUUGCAUCCUGCCUUAACGUUUAAGUUGUAAGAAGCAUUCAGGGCUCACAGUUAGUUGGGUUUGCAGUUUGCUGAGUUAAGCCUGCUGCUGUUCAGCAGUUUGAUUGGAUUACAGCUGAUGGGAACCCAGGAUAGCCUAAUGAGCCACUUCCCCUCCCUCGUGACUCCAAGGGCUCAUCUGUUGGCCAGAGUGUUAGCUUUCCCUGCACUUUGGCUGUGUCUUUCUCCAGGUAGCUGUUGGUAGAUGGCUCAGCUGAUAGACAGGGGCUGGCCACAGCUUAUGUAGGCACAUAUUUACUAGUUUACACUCUCUCCUUUACGGAUUUGCAGCACUGGCGCUGCAGAACUUCACAGUGCCAAACAGCUGGGAUAAACACCUGGGAUUUAGCAGAAGUUGAUUUCUGUGCUGACAUGGCUGCACUUCUGUCAGUACACCUGCUAGCUGGUUUUGAUAACACAGUUGGCACAUGAUGCUGUGCUUUUUAUAUGGUGUGGCUUUUUAUUACUGUUGUCAAAGAACAGAUGGAGGAAGUUAACCAUUUCCCUGUCUCUCUUAUAAAUCCCAGCCACAUUGAAGGAUUUGGGUUGUGCUCUUGUGCAUAAUUUUUCCCCAGAAGAAGGAACAGUAUGACUUGCAUCAGAUUGGUGGGUUGGUCUGCUUGGAUGUUUUCCUACAAAUUUUGCUCAGGCUGAGAGCUCAGAAAAGCUGAGAACCAAAGCCAAGGAUGAUUGUAGUUGACAUGGUUGAAAAAGUCAUAGAAACUCCUGAAGCUAGGCUAUGCUGGAGCAGGAGAACAUACAGCAUCCUUGUCCAUGAAAGCCUUUCUUUCCAAUUGCUGGGGAUCAGAAGCUCUGCUUUUCAGCUAGAGCUGGGUGCACAAACCAGUUGUCACUGUAGACUAGGCUUUGCUGGCAGUGCUAAUGUUCCCUGCUCCCUAGGGCAUAGGGUUGGAUCACUGUCAUGCCACAGGUCAUCGGUAUUUGAAUUGCCCUUUGGAGUUGCUUGCCUUUUUUCUUCUCACAGGGUACUUUUAAUGAAUUAGACUUUGAAGUUUGGAUUAAUGAAUCCAGAUCAAGAUGCUAGGCAGUCAGGUUCAGCACUGUAGAUUUAGUUCCUACUCCAUGAUACUGUCUUUAAAGUAAAUUUCUAAAACAUAAUGGUAAAAUAUAUUUUAGACGUUUUACUUCUAAAAUACCAAGUUUAUUUAAUACUUUGGUAAUUUGAUUUUCAGGAAAUUUCCUGUUUGCUGCAUUACAUAAUACAGUUGUCUAGUCCGGAAUAAUUUGGUGAAGAAGAAGAUUUAAUUACAUCAGUGCUCUAAAAUAAUAUUCAGAGUAACAGUGAAGAUCUUUUGAAGCUACUAAAAUCUGAUAAUUGAAAGCAAUAAUGACAGACAUAGGAGAUGGACCACAUUUGGGGCAAGAUCUGGCAGAUGCAAAAUCUAUUCCAAGUUUUAAAGGAAAGAACCUACCUCCCAGCAAGUCUAUGGACUCUGGAAUUCAGCCAGACUACAGUUACAGAAUGGAUUACCCAGAGAUGGGGGAAUGUGUAAUAAUAAACAAUAAGAACUUCCACAGACAUACUGGGAUGGCACCCCGUUCAGGUACAGAUGCAGAUGCUACAAGUGUCAGAGAAGUUUUUAUGAAGUUGGGAUAUAAAAUAAAGAUCAACAAUGAUCUUUCAUGUGAGGACAUUUUUAAACUAUUGAAAAAGGUUUCUGAAGAAGACCACAGCAAGCGAAGCAGUUUUGUUUGUGUGUUGCUGAGCCAUGGAGAUGAAGGAUUGAUCUAUGGUACAGAUGGGCCUCUGGAACUGAAAGCACUAACAAGCCUUUUCAGAGGUGACAGGUGCAGAAGUUUAGCAGGAAAACCCAAGCUCUUUUUCAUUCAGGCUUGUAGAGGGACAGAAUUAGAUUCUGGUAUUGAGACAGACAGUGGACCAGAAGAAACAAUGUGUCAGAAAAUACCUGUAGAGGCAGACUUCCUGUAUGCCUAUUCUACAGCUCCAGGCUAUUACUCCUGGAGGAAUUCAGCUGAAGGCUCAUGGUUUAUUCAGUCACUGUGUAAAAUGCUGAAGGAACAUGCAAAGGAACUUGAACUCAUGCAGAUUUUAACUCGUGUCAAUCGCAGAGUGGCAGAGUAUGAGUCCUGCUCAACUCGACAAGAUUUUAAUGCAAAGAAACAGAUUCCAUGUAUUGUCUCUAUGCUCACCAAAGAAUUUUAUUUCCCUUCCCGAAAAUAAUUUUUCAGUUCAUGUUUUUAUCUGCAUUUUAUACGCAAUAUUUGUACAAAAUGCGACAUAAAUCUGAAUAACUGUUCACUACUGUGUGUGGCACAAUGAAGUGUCUCAAAGUUAGAUGUAUGUCUGUUGUUAGAAGUAAAACAUAGUAUGGCUGUGUAGAAGUGCAAAACUGAGUAGCUGAAGCAGAUUUGAAAGUAAUGCUUUGAGUAUAUUGCAAAAAAUUAGGAAGGGGAGACCUGAAGAAAGAUCAGAUUGUUUAAUUGGAGCUGUUUGGUGCUACAUUUCAUUUUGCUGAAGGGGCAGAGGAAAGAAACAGUUCUUGUAAAUAGUUUGGUUUCGUAUCUUACAAAGAAGAUUCAGAAUGUCAGUGAUGGUAAUAUGAUGUGUCUUCACACAUUUCUUCUUAACUCAAGUCCUUAAAGUUUAGGUUAUAAACUAGCCUAAACUAUUUCUACACUUUUGGGCAUAAACUGUGGAAAACAGCCAUUUCAUAUUUUUGCAUACAAUUAUGAAGCACGUUUGGAGUGCAGUCAGUUUUUCCUGGUAAUUCCUGAUGAUUUAAUAACUUUGUGUAUGGAAUAGUAGAUAAAAAAAAAUUAUAUCAACAUGGUAGCUGUUUCAAAAUCAAUUUUGUAUUCUGACCUUGCAGCUGAGUGUCCAAGGGACCAGUCUUCCAAAAAGGGACCAGUCUUUUUCUGCAGGUCCCUAAGGGUGCAGCUGUUGGAGCAUAUUUGGGGCUAUAAGAACCAGUGCGAAAGGAAGUCUACAUUCUGAACAGUCUACUUUCCUCUUUUUAGCCUUAAAUAAGAAUGGGUUGGCUCUGUACAUACCACAUUUAAUCUGUGUGAAAACCUAGAUUUGUGGUACUGGAGAAAUUUUGACUUCAUAACGCUAAUUCCACUGAGUCAAUUACAAACUUUAGCUAAAAUAUGUUAAAAUAUGUGAAACAGACUUCUACAAAAUUGCAAAACAUUUUUGCUGAUAUUUCAACUUUCAGCAGUCUUUUUGAAAUCGGUGGAAAACAGAAUAUGAAAUUACUAUAGGUGCUUGCGAAACAAGACUUGAAACUCUUUUAAAAUUGCGUAGCAAAAACAAUGUUGGCAAAUUAAUGUUCACUUCCAGAGGCAUUUCAAACUUGUUUUUUUAAAAUUAAAUACGGUUUCCUAGAUUGUA